ACGGUAGUGUGUUUAAAGCAAUACACAAAGAAUCUGGACAAGUUGUAGCAAUUAAACAGGUGCCUGUGGAGUCAGAUCUUCAAGAAAUAAUUAAAGAAAUCUCUAUAAUGCAACAAUGUGACAGUCCUUAUGUUGUCAAGUACUAUGGCAGCUACUUCAAGAACACAGAUCUAUGGAUUGUUAUGGAAUAUUGUGGAGCUGGCUCUGUUUCAGACAUAAUUAGACUGCGUAAUAAAACGCUAACUGAAGAUGAAAUUGCAACUAUUUUGAAAUCCACUCUUAAAGGACUUGAAUACUUGCACUUUAUGAGAAAAAUACAUAGAGAUAUAAAAGCUGGAAACAUCCUUCUUAACACCGAGGGACAUGCAAAAUUAGCUGAUUUUGGUGUGGCUGGCCAGUUAACAGAUACAAUGGCAAAACGUAAUACCGUUAUAGGAACUCCCUUUUGGAUGGCUCCUGAAGUCAUACAAGAGAUUGGCUACAACUGUGUGGCAGACAUCUGGUCCCUUGGUAUAACAUCAAUAGAAAUGGCUGAAGGAAAGCCUCCAUAUGCUGAUAUUCACCCAAUGAGGGCUAUUUUUAUGAUUCCUACAAAUCCCCCUCCAACCUUCCGGAAGCCAGAGCUCUGGUCGGAUGAAUUCACAGAUUUUGUGAAGAAAUGCUUAGUGAAAAAUCCUGAACAAAGAGCUACAGCAACCCAGCUGCUACAGCAUACAUUUAUUAAGAAUGCUAAGCCAGUUUCAAUUUUAAGGGACCUGAUCACCGAAGCUAUGGAGAUAAAAGCAAAGCGACAUGAAGAACAGCAGAGAGAACUAGAAGAGGAGGAAGAAAAUUCGGAUGAAGAUGAGCUGGACUCUCACACCAUGGUGAAGACCAAUUCAGAGAGUGCUGGUACUAUGAGAGCCACCAGUACGAUGAGUGAAGGCGCUCAGACAAUGAUUGAACACAACAGCACCAUGUUAGAAUCAGACUUGGGGACCAUGGUAAUAAACAGUGAUGACGAUGAAGAGGAAGAUGGGACCAUGAAACGCAAUGCUACUUCACCACAAGUUCAAAGACCUUCCUUCAUGGACUACUUUGAUAAACAAGAUUCCAAGAAUAAAAGCCCUGAAAACUGUAAUCAGAACAUGCAUGAACCUUACCACAUAUCCAAAAAUGUUUUCCCUGAUAACUGGAAAGUCCCUCAAGAUGGAGACUUUGAUUUCUUAAAGAAUCUGAGUUUAGAAGAAUUACAGAUGAGGUUAAAGGCUUUGGACCCUAUGAUGGAACGAGAAAUUGAGGAGCUUCGUCAGAGGUACACUGCAAAGAGGCAACCUAUCCUAGAUGCGAUGGAUGCAAAGAAACGGAGGCAGCAAAAUUUCUGAGUUUGUUUUACUUUCAAACAUAAUACUAGGAGUCAGUGUGGACACUGGUAACUUCAAGUCAGAAGGAAUUUGAUUAUGAGAGUUUUUAAAAAUCCAAUCUGUUAAAUUUUCCUCCACAAGCAGUGACAAUUGCAGCAGUCAAGAACAUUCAUGUGGUGUUCUGCAAAGGCAGUAAAACACUUUACCACUUGUUUGCAUUUUCAAAUGUUUAAUGCAAUAGAAAUUUAAUCUGUUACUUCCCAAUCUUUUUCAGGUCUGUAGUGGUAACUUGGUGUUGUACAUUGGGAAUUGUGUUUUGGAGGACCUGGAAUGAUUUCUUGAUUGUGCAACAUUACCGGGCCUUAUAUUGCAAUGUAUUUUUCUCCCACUGAGUAGCAUAUUUAUUAAGUAAUCUUUGGUUAUCCUAUUUAUUUUAUGCCUGUUUUCUGUUGGGAAGUAUUAGGAUAAUAUUGUGGAGAGCAGAGUCAAAUUAGAUGAAAUUGCUAUGGUAGUAUAAUGAAAAGCUGCUCACCACUGUGUUAUCUUUUAAAACUCCAACUUCAACAAGUAUCCCGAUUCAGGACAGCACUUGAACAUAUAUCCAGCCUGUUCAUAGCAGUAAAAUUUAGGACUAAAGUAAGUAAUAGGCACGUGUUUUUCUGCUCUCCUGAAUCAGGGACUGUUGCAGUUGAGUAGUACAGUUGUUACACUACAGAGCAUUCUUUGAGAGAGUAUUUCUGUCAUUUGUACGCACACUGAGUCAGCUGUCAUUAAAUAAGAAUACAAGUGCCUAAUCAGUUUUAAUUUUUGUUAUUCAGGAGAAGCAAUACUUACAGUCACUCCUUAAGUGUAAACUUCCAAUUGCUAUUGCAAUUCUGACCAGUAUAAACCUCUAUUUUGCACCGUAGUUUUAUAAUGAAAUAACAGCUACACUUUCUGGAUAUGUUUUUUGUUUCAUUUGGGAUUUUUUAAUCACUGUUUUGAGGGGAGAGGGGAAUUAUUAGUGCUUUGAGGUUUGUUUGUUUUCACAUUAUAGAUACAAAGGGAUAGUAAUUUAAAAACCAAAGAAAAUAAAUUGAAUACUUAUAUUUAAUAAGUAUAGAAAAGAAGCAACAUUUAGUAGUGUUCUGAGGGGUUUGUCCUGCAAUUGCUAAAUAUUCAAAAUUCCUAUAGUCUUCUGUUGGUAGAUUUUGGGGACUCAGAAAUGCAGGACCAAGCUCUUAAUAGUUUUUUUCAAGUUCUUGUCUGGUUUAUGUUGUGGAAUAUCUAUUGAUAGAAUUUACAACAUUGUGAGAAAUAUUUCAGACUUAGCAGAAAAUGUGAUCCACUCUCCAAACAAUCUGCUGUGUUCUCUCUUGAAAUCUUUACUUUUGUUGCCUUGUAUGUACAUAACUUCACUGUGAUAGUCAUACUUUAAAAAAUACAGCUGAAAAGAUCUUUACACUCAGCCUUCAGCUGUUUAAUGGUGACUACUGUAUGGGCAUCUUCUAUUAAACAUUUUCUGGAAGUUAGUGAUCAUCUCAUACCUCUUAACAUAAAUUGUCAACAUAUGUGGACCAUUUAGAUAGAACAGUGCUGAUUUUGGAAAUAAUGCAUUAUGUCACAAAGCUUAUGCCAAUGGAAACGAAAGGUUCUUACAGGAUCAGCAUUCUACAGCCAUGCUGGUACCAGUACUUGGGUUUGAGCUGUAUACAGCCAUUGCUGUCCUUGUCAUUCUCUUUGUGUUUGCAUGCACACCACGCUCUGACAUGUAAACCCUAGAGUCAAAUAAAUCUUAAUUGUGAUUCUUAGAA